AUGGAAGAAACAGAGCCAUUACCAAAACUAGAGGCUCAAAACCUCCCAAAGGUCCUUAUCUUGAACCCACCUACAGUUUUCCGUUUAUUUGAAGAGAAGUUUUCUCAACACUUCAACUUCAUCAAAGCCUACAACUCUCCCCUUUCGAUCCCGGAAUUCCUCUCCACCAGCAAUGCCACUGAUGUCACCGCUAUGUUAGCUAGCGCUGCAGGGCCUUCGAUCACAGGCCGAGAUAUCCUUGACUAUCUUCCCUCUCUCCGCUGCAUUGUCACCGCUUCUGCUGGCGUUGAUCACAUUGACAUUGCUGAGUGUCAUUGCCGUGGCAUUGCUGUAGCUAAUGCUGCCGAUGUGUUUUCAGGCGACUGCGCGGAAACUGCCCUCAGUCUGUUGAUUGCCGUCUUCCGAAAAAUAUGUGCAGGUGAUCGUUAUGUUCGGAGUGGCAGUUGGAAGUCCAGUACUGAAGACUAUCCGUUGGGUUUACAGGUAAUAUUUGGAGAACUUUUCUCUGCCGAAUUUUCUUUUGGGUCCCCUUUUCAAAAACCUGUAGUAAAGUGA